UUCUUUCAAUUUCUCUGCUCUGCGUAACAUUUUGCCUCAGAGAUAUAAAAGAGAGGAGAAAAUAAAUAAAGAAAAUUAAAAAAAAAAAAACGCGGCUGCUGUAUGCACCAAAAACCAGGGGAAGAGAGAGAGAGAGAGAGAGAGAGAGAGAGUGCUAAUGCGAUUCCAGCUACAGAAAUCGCAGCAAAGCGAUUCGGAAGCUCUAAGCAUGCGAGGAAAGAAAGAAGGAAAAACACAAAAUCAAAGCGGUCUUUUUUGUUUUUGUUUUUUUAUUUAAUCAAAUAGUUUGAUAUUGAAGACUUGAAUUAUUCAAGUUGUCAAAUUUAGGGGUGUGAUUGGUGAUCGGGGUUCAGUCUGAUGGUUUUAGCUGAAAUCCUUGGUAAGUUUUUGGUUCUGUGAAAUGGGUUGGCGAGAGUUUUGGAUUUGGACGUGGGGUUGUGAAGGUGAACCUUUGGGUUUGAGGGUUUGAUUGAAAAAAUUUUAGUACUUUUUUUUUUAAUGAUUUUCGUUGGGGAUGCAAGGAAGGGGGGGCUAGGGUUAGGUUUUGAGGGUGGGGGUGGCGGGAGAAGGAUGGAAGAGACCGAGCUUGAAGAAGGCGAGGCUUGUUCUUACCCGAACGACAACGGUGAUUACGAUGCCAGUGUCGACCCCGAUAUCGCUCUAUCUUACAUUGAUGAGAAACUUCAAAAUGUUUUGGGACACUUUCAGAAAGACUUUGAAGGUGGGGUAUCUGCAGAGAAUUUGGGGGCAAAAUUUGGAGGGUAUGGCUCAUUUUUGCCUGCCUAUCCGCGAUCUCCAGUUCAUCCAAGGACUUCUCCAAAAGUUCAGAAUUUCAGCAUAGCCGGAUCUCCAGACAAUAGGUUGUUGGAGGGUGGACAGCAAAAUUCUUUAGUUUCUUCAAAUGCAUCUCAGCCAGUGAGAGUUGAACUGACUUCUACUAGUUCCACAUCAUUGCCUGUAUUGAAGGCACCAUCCAAGAAGGAUUCUUUCAAACUAGAUAUUGCUGAGGAAGUCACUCCUAGAUAUGAAUCUGAGAACCAGAGACUGACUAAUUUAUCAGAUCAGAAAAUGCUGAAGGUUCGAAUUAAAGUGGGUUCUGAUAACUUGUCAACACGAAAAAACGCUGCAAUUUACAGUGGUCUUGGUCUUGAUGUCUCACCAUCAUCAUCAUUGAAUGACAGCCCUUCAGGAAGUGAAGGGAUGUCCCGAGAGCCCCAAGAUAUCCCGUUUGAAUCUCCCACAACUAUUCUCCAGAUUAUGACAUCCUUUCCAGUGCCUGGGGAUACACUCUUAUCACCUCUUUCCCAUAAUCUUAUUCACUUGACCAAGAAGGAAAAGCUUAUGAAAGUUUAUACAUCUAUGCCUGUGUCCAGGGAUGGCUUGGAAAGUACUAACACAAUACCUUAUGGACCUGAUUCCAGAAAGGUUGGUGGGAAAGUGGUAGGGGAGAAGAAAAUGAAAUCUCUGAAGCGAAGUGAUGUGAUAGCAGAAUUGAAGAGUGACAAUUGUAAGGAUGCACAGAAGGGCAAUGGGUUACUAUCAAGGAAGGAGCCAGAUAUUGACAUAUUGGCUUGUGAGGAGCCUGUUUCUAAGAAUCUGAAGCUAUCACUUCUAUCUAAUUCAAAUUCUGCUGUUGGGGGCAUGGAAAAAGGUAAAGAUAAAGCUUCUGAUAUAUCAAGGGAAGCUGAUAAGGGUUUACUAAAGGACAAAGACUUCUCUGAUCUAGCAGAAGAGGACCAUAUGGGGCCAACAUUCUCUCAAGAGAAUGGAUUUUUUGAGAAGUCAAAGGCUGGUUCAGCAGGAAAGGUUUCGGAAGAUAAUAGAGAAAGUUCUCUUGAUGAUAUUCCAGUAUUUCCUAGAAAAGCUGCCCAGCCCAAUGGAGAGAUGAGUAGCAACUCAGUCAAAUCCGAUUCAAAGGUUUCCAAGGGAACAAAAGCUCUAAACACCGAACUCACAGAUCCUUUCAAGGAGAAUCCUAAUCAGAAAGGUACUGUCUAUGAACAAGACAGUAUGAGAUUGGCGCCUGAGAAAGAACAUUCAUUUUCUGGGAGUAAGAAGAAAUCUAAUGGAAGUCAAAGUAAUGGCACCCUAGCUGUAGAUGUACCAAAAGUAAGCUUGAGGGUUGGUUCUUCUUCAGUUAGCAAAACAAAAAAGAGCACUCAUGCAGACCAUCAUACAUCUAAAAGUGAGUUUGAAGACUUCAAAAUACAAAAGGAUCUUGGAACAGCUGGAGAUAGGUAUAGAGAUUUUUUUGGGGAAUUGGAAGAAGAAGAGAACGAAAUGGAUUCGUUGGAAGUGCCUUCUGAGGAUAAGGACUGUGAGGUAGUUGAGAAAAGCAUAAGUGCCAUUAACAAUGCAUUGGGUGAAAGAUCAAGUGUUAAGAAAUUUGAUAAACUUUCAGUAACGGAUACUUAUCCUAAAGCAGAACCAAAUAUAGGUCCAUACUCUGGGAAUAGGCCCAUUUCUGAUGCAGCUCCUGCAAUGGGGGCUCCUUCAGUAAUGGAACUUGAUACUUGGGUCUCGUGUGACAGGUGUCAUAAAUGGCGGCUUCUUCCAUUUCCUAAAGACCUACCUGAGAAGUGGCUAUGUAGCAUGCUUGACUGGCUGCCUGGAAUGAACCGUUGUAGUGUUGCUGAGGAAGAAACCACAAAAGCUCUCAUCGCCCUUCACCAAAUUCCUGCUCCUGAAAGUCAAACUAAUUUGCAUGGUAAUCCUGGUGGGGUUUUAACUGGAGCAAUGUUGGCUAAUGUUCGGCGUCCUGACCAAAACCACCAAAAUAUUGGUUCAGACUCUAUGCCUUGGGGUGGACAGAAGAAAGAUGGGUUAACAGAAGCACCAGAUGUAUCAUAUAAAGAUGGUCUUUCUCAGUUGUCAAACUCAGUGAAGAAGAACUUGCAGGCAUCAGUGAAAGAUAGGAGCCUAAAUGAUGUGAACCAAUCUCCUGAUUCUCAGCAGCUAAGCAAGUCCAGUGACUUACCUGUUAAAAAACAUAAAGAGAAGCAAAAAGUACGUCAUAGCUAUUCUGAAGGAGGUUAUGUCAAUAAUUUAAAGAUGAAAAGAAUAAGGGAUGAUAGCGAUCUAGAUUGUUCUAGAGCUUCCAGGAAAAUGAAGACUGAAGGUACUGAUGAAGAUGGGAUGUUGGACCACAGUGAGCCCGCUAGGAAAAUAGGUCCAAGCUCAAGUAAUGGUUUUCCUGCUGCCUCUGAGAAGGAUCAAGCAAGAUACAGUGAACGCUUUUCAUUUAAGGACUCAAGGAAUGGGGUAAACGACGGUCCACAUGUUUCUGUUAAGAAUGCAAAACACAAAUUUCUGGUGUCCUUGGAUGGUGGAUCUUUGGAAACGGGAAACUCUGAUUCUAGAGAAAGUUCUGAAAAGAGGAAAGGGAAGGAUGAGUUCAAUGAUGAUGACUACAGGAAGGAAAAAAAAGUGAGGGUAUCCAAGUCCGAGGGGAAAGAAUCCAGGGCAAGUAGAGAUAGUGGUAGAACAGACAAAAAAGGUGGUCAAGCAAAGAACCAGCAACUUGAACAAGAUCCAGGGAGCAAUCUGUCUCAGCGAAGCUUGGAUGGUGUGGAUUCUUUGAGAAGGGAUUUAGGAUCUCUACAGCCUUCCAUGGCAGCAACUUCAAGCUCUUCUAAGGUGUCUGGUUCCCAUAAAACAAAGGCCAGCUUCCAGGAAGUGAAAGGCUCGCCAGUGGAAUCAGUUUCUUCAUCACCCAUGAGAAUUUCUAAUACAGAUAAGCUUACAUCAGAAAGUAGGGACAUCCAGGGAAAAGAUGACCUUCAGGAUGCUGGUCCCUUUGCUCUGGGUAGUCCAAGAAAUUGCUCAUAUGGUGAGGAUGAUAAUGGGAGUGGUCGACCUGGGACAGCAAGGAAGGAAAAAGCAUUCAAUAUAGCUUCUCACAGGUCCUUUGGGUCCACUGGGCCUGAUUUUCAGGAGAGGGAUUUUUGUCACAUAUCAGGUGGUAAAGCUAGACCUCAUAUUGUGCCUUCUCCUGUUGUUGCCAAUCCCCAUUGUGCAGAUGGUGGUGUCUAUAAUUUUGGCCAGGAUACUCCAAAUCCCAGUAAACCACCGUCUUCAAAUCAAUGCCAUGAUGAAGAAAGAAAGACUGAUAGUCCCUGUGCCCAUGAGUCUCGUCCAAGGAAGUCUGGAAAGGGGUCCUCUUCACUGUUGAAGGACAAGAACCGAAUUAUCAGAAAUGAAUUUGAUAUCGGUAAGGUCAAGAUUCCUCAGUCUCUCAAUGAUGUUCAAGAUGAUUCAACUUCGCAUGAAGUAAAACCUAGGGAUGAUAAAAAUGACUUUCAAGAGAAGUUUGGAAUCAAGUUUAAAGAAGCUCAGAACAAAUAUGUUGCGAAGAAAGAUCCUGCAAAAAAAUUGUUGAGUGAGAGUAGCAAAAGAGAGAGCCAAUUAAAGUGUGAAGAGCAUGAUGGUUCACAUACCAAAGUGGAUUCUAUCUGCAGACAGGAUGUUGCGUCUACAACAAAGCAAACUCUGCUGCAAGACUCCGAUGGUGAAAGGUCUUCAAAAAGGUUCCCUUCUGACAGGACUGAUCAAAUUGGACUAGUUUCUGGGAGAGAGAAGUCACUACCAUUACCACCCUCUAGAGGAUCUCAAAUUGAGACAGUUAAUCGCUGUCCCAGACCUGUUACUGGCUCCCACAAUGCAAAUGGAAUACAUAGUCCAGCAGUUGUCGCCUCCGAAAGUGACACUGCAUUAAUGGCACAAAAGCAGGCAAGAAAGGCCGAUCAUCAGAAUGGAACUCAGCACAAUAGUUCAAGAAAUCCUGCACCCAAUGGGCAGAAAGCCAGGGAACUCAAUGCCCCUAGUCCAGCUAGAAGAGAUUCCUCCAGCCAGGCUGCUACCAAUGCUCUGAAAGAAGCAACAGAUCUUAAACAUUGUGCUGAUCGUCUCAAGAACUCUGGAUCAAGUCAUGAGAGCACGGGAUUCUAUUUUGAGGCAGCCCUCAAGUUUCUUUAUGGAGCCUCUCUAUUGGAGUCCGGUAGCUGUGAGAGCUCCAAGCACAGUGAGAUGAUUCAAUCAAAGCAAGUGUAUAGUAGCACUGCUAAACUAUGCGACUUUUGUGCCCAUGAAUAUGAGAAAUUGAAAGACAUGGCUGCUGCUGCUCUGGCCUACAAAUGCAUGGAGGUGGCUUAUUUGAGGGUAAUUUAUUUUUCACAAACUAGUGCGAGCAGAGAUCGCCAUGAGUUGCAGACCGCUCUACAAAUGGUUCCUCCUGGUGAGUCUCCUUCUUCAUCUGCUUCUGAUCUUGACAACUUAAACAACCCUACCACAGUAGACAAGGUUACCUUAUGUAAGGGUGUUAGCUCUCCCCAAGUUGCUGGAAGCCAUGCGAUUGCUGCACGAAGCCGUCCCAACUUUAUGCGGUUACUCAAUUUUGCACAGGAUGUAAAUUUUGCAAUGGAAGCGUCAAGGAAAUCGCGGAUUGCUUUUACGGCUGCUAGUGUAAGCUUGGGCGAGACUGAGAGUAUCUCUUCUAUUAAGAGAGCUCUAGAUUUCAACUUCCAAGAUGUUGAGGGAUUCCUGCGUUUGGUACGGCUUGCAAUGGAGGCCAUUAGCCGUUAAACAACCGCAAGUGGUUUUGAAGACAAUUCAACCCUUGGAAGAAAGUUAUUUUGGUUGGUGUAUCAUGUGCAUUAAGCCUUAAAGGAACAAAAGAAAAGAGGCUGAGCUGGAUCUCUCUCUUCGACACUGCAUAUUAGUUUCUUGAGAGACUGAUCACCACUAACCUGCGAGGUUGGUGUUCUCUGUACACGUAUUUGAGACAAGAUGAACGGUGGCAGGCUGUGCCUGCUUUCUGAGUCAGACAAGGAAUAAAUGAAGUGUGAUUCAUUAUCAUUUAAGGUGCUGCCAAAAUGAUUCCGAGAUUUUAGAUGUAUGUGGGGAUAUGAUGCUUCUGAUUGUGGCUGAGGUGUGGGGUCAUAGGCAGGAACAGUUUCUCUUUGUUAUUGAUGUACACAAUCAGAAAUAUGUCAGCAAAAAUUAUGUAAGAGAAAGGAGAAUUACAGUGAUAACCAUGUAGCUCUCAGAACUGCAUUUGCCAAGUAUCUUCCUAUAAAAGAGUAUGUCUGUAAAUAUACAAGGCAUUGAUGUCCGUUUAUACCAGGAACAGCUUAUGCUUCUUUUUGUUUUUCAAAAGGAUUGACAGUGUAAUAUCAUCUCAUCAACUAGCACAUCUGUAUCUAAACAGGUGAAGUUACUCUUUUCACUACUUUAAUAAACUUGGAGUAUAAAGCUUCACUUAUAUGUCAAUGAAGUGGUAGUUUCCUCCCAAUUGAUAUUGUCAAGACGGUUAAGCAUUAGUGAUGUUAAUAUUGCACUUCCAGGCUUUGGUAGUAUUCAUGAAGGAGCCAGCCACUGUUUUGUGAUGUCCCUGGAAUAAAACAUUGUAUGUAACUCUGGACUCAUUGAAAGGUUAAGCCUUCCAUGAACAAAUUCUUCAUACUAAUAAAUCUUGCUCUGUACUGUGUGGGAGAGUUUGAAUAAAAAGAAAGAACUAGCGUAGGAACUCACAGCAUUCUUACAAACACGGGGUGGUACGGUCCAUUGGUCAAGAUGGUGAGAGCUUUAGAGAAUGUUCAAAUUCUCCCUGAGAAGACCACCACUUUAAACCCUUUGAUUGAGCAAUUGAGGCAGUUGCAGGCAGCAGGGCUCGCUCGCUUGCUGGUUACUGAUUAUUUGUAUUCUUUCUUUCCUGAUGGUUUGUAAACAGCAAGUGAAUAAUGAUGUGAUUUUUGACCCCUCCCUUAUUCAUCUAGUUUUACAUAAUAAAAUCCUCAAGGAUGGAUGCCCUUUUUUAA